AUGCUACCUCUUCUGCAGGUCUUCGAAUCGCUGGGAAAGAAUGAAAAAAUGGGUCUAGGCGGUCGGCCGCCGCGGCCAUUUGGCCCGCUCAAUACUAGCAAAAUUUUUAAAAGGUUCGGCGAUACCAUUCUUUGCUAUCCACUAUUAUUCGAACUGAAGGACUUUUAUAUCAGUGCUGAUCCGGCUGUUUUGAUUGAUGAAAUAAAGCUAAAUCUGGAAUUCAUGUCAAAAAGGUGGAAACUUUCGGGACGCCCAACCUUUUGCAUGGUCUUGAGGGAAGAAAAUGUAAGUGGCGAAUAUUUUAGUCACAUGUUGGAUCUGCUCAUCGCACUUAAAAAUGGAUACGUCAAUGGAGUGCGGGUGCGUGUCGGUCGAGUUCAUGUAAGUGUUUGUUUUUGGGAAAAUCGAGUCUUUGAGAGUGGAAAGGAAGGGCAAGGAAAGCAUUUAAUCUGUGUUUGA